AUGGCAUCCCAUUUACCGGUAUCCAAAUCUUACAAUUCACAAAGAUUUCGUAAAGUGUUAAACUCCAAAACGUCACUCGCUUUCAAAAAUGAUCAAAGCGAUAUGUUGGUGUACCUCAUCUACGUAAAUUACUUGAAUAAAAUGAUUGACUCCAAAAAUAUUAAUCAAGCUUCGUUAAAACAAAAACAUAUUAAUCUAUUAAAAAGAUAUUCUCGCUAA